UCUCAUCGGUGUUUCGGGCAAUAUUGGGUUGUGGAAAUAUCUGGGUUGUGAAGAAAGUGAUCAUUUUUGGUUCGUCUCUGCAGAUUUGGCAAUGUUCAAGCGGGACUCCGAGCGCUUCAUUGGACUGGGUAUUGGUGUAGGGAUCGUCUACUUCUUCAUCGGAAAUGUUUGAUUGGAACGAAGAAGAGGUUUUCAGACAAAAUUCUCCUAUAUUUGAGCUUGCAGAUAUAAUAUGGGGUGAGGCAAGUGAGAAUGGUGACCAUGUUGUGCCUUAUCCCAAGGAAAAUGAACAGAAGCUUUUGGUUUCACGUGGAGAUCAAACCAAGAAACAAUGGGAUCAGGAUGCUAACACUGUUAAACCUGCAGAGCAGAAGACACCCGCACCUAAAAAUGAUUCCCCUAACCGUAGAUUGGAAGGCAGUUCCCAAUUUAACACAAAUGAAGGAUUUUCAGCUCAAGGAUUUGACUUGGAUUCUUGGCCUGAUUUGCCAUUAUCAAUUGCUGAAUGCGAUAAAGGAUUUGGUGAUAGAAAUGAUCAAGAUUCUAUCAGUGAAAUCAGCAAUUUCAACUCAGUAAAAGCUGAUGCAGCUCAACUAGAUAGUGAACGUGAAUUGUUUGUGGACGAGCAUGUUGAUAAAGAAGGUGGAUUUCUCGACUAUAGUUGGGCUAACAUAGGGAGUUUUGAUGACCUCGAUAGAAUCUUUAGAAAUGAUGACUCAAUAUUUGGACAUGAAAGUCUUGGUAAUGCAGAUGAACUAUGGUCAUCUACAGAUGUAAUUAGCAACCCAGCUAAAUCCUUCCCCUUGUCUGCUGGUUCUCCAAGUUCAGGGUUAGGAGCAUUGAAGUGUACGUCUGAGCAAUACGAAGUCGAAAUGGCCUUCGUACCACACAAGGACCAGUCUUCUACCCCUGGCAAUGGGAAGAUGAAUGAUCAUGAUUAUCAUGGUUUACACAAUUUGCAUCCAAGCAAAGAUGAAGUUACUGGAAAGCAAAGCUGCUCAUCUAUUGACUCAGUAGUUGAAUGUGCUGGAGGGAGAAGUAAGCCCUUAUUGAAGGAGAAGAAUGCUCCUGAGGAAAUUGGAAAGACAGAAUCUUUAAAGUCCCAGCCUCCUAGUGAAAGUAGUGCAAUCCAGAAUGGCUCUGCAGACAAGGGAAGUAAGCAAAGAAAGUUGUUGUCUCAGAUAAAAGCAGAGGAAAAAAGUGAAGAGAAACUAUCUCAAGAAUUAUGUAGUGCCUGGUCACCCACUGCAAACCAAUUUCAACAAUUUGGGAAUCAAUUUGCAACCUCUACUGCACAAACCUUCCCAUCUUCAGUUCUAAGUCCGCAAAGACAGAUUGGUGGGCAUGAUUCUAUGAGAUACCUUCAAACCGCCCAUUCAUAUUUUCCUGCUGGGUAUGAAAAUCAAGUGCCUUACUAUCCAUUCAUGCCUCCAUUGCAACACAUUCAACCUGAGAGGGACAAGCACCAUCAGGUUCAAGUUGGUCAUGAAUUUUCUCCCAGAUCAUCAAAGCAUGCCAACGCAUCAAAGAAAUCACCACAUGUUUCAACCAAUUCUUUGAUCAUGUCACCUCAGGAAAAGAUUGAAAAAUUAAGACGGCGGCAGCAAAUACAGGCAAUGCUUGCCAUUCAGAAACAACAGCAGCAAUUCUCUCAUCAGGCUACUUGUACUGACCAGUCUAUUACCCAAAAGUGUCAGCAAGCGGUUCAAAGUGAAGAUAAGGUGGCAACUAACAUUGAAGUUGAAGAAAACUUAAAAAUGCCUCCAUCCCUGGACCCGACCUCACCUGUUGAACAAGAUGAUUCCAAUACAGUUUCUAUGGUGAUUAAUGAGAGUUCACUGGAGGAAACAAUACUUGAUCACCUUCAAGAAGUAAUUGGAAAGUUGGAUAUUAGAAUAAGACUUUGUAUUCGAGAUAGCUUGUACCGUUUGGCCCAAAGUGCAAUGCUAAGGCAUAAUGCUCCAGAGGCAAGUAGUACCAAUAAAAGUAGUGGGGAUGAAAAUGAGGCUGCUACAAAAGAAGAGUCAAAGAAUCCCAACAGGUCUAUCACUAUGAGUAGGCUGGAUGCAGAAACUGAGACAAAUCCAAUUGAUCGUACUGUGGCUCAUCUUCUCUUCUAUCGGCCUCCAGAAUCAUCUGCAAUUCCCAUCCAUGAUGGUGAGAUACCCAGACCACCUAUACCUAAUAAACUUUCAUGUGAAGCCAGAAUAGAAGGUCUAGUGAACCUACCCAUGGAAUGCCUAUCUGAGAACUCAACUGAAAAGCAAAGUGUCUCUAACCCAGGGACUAAAACACCAAGCACAUUCCCUGAGCCCCAGCAUGAGGACAAGUUUAGAGGCAGUCCUUACAUAAACACUCCAGUGGACACAUCGAACAAUGAACCAGGAUAUGGUGGAGUCAUGGAGGUUGAAGCCUCGCAAUAAAGAAAAUGAAUUGAAAACCAUUAUGGCCAACUCUAUCUUAAUUGAGUAAAGGAUUUUGGUGGCUCAAAUUUGGCUUCAGCAAAGGUUUUCAUUUUCAUAUGUGCAUCAAAUGGUAUAGACUUGUUAUUUGUAUAUGUAUUCUCUGUUAUGUAUCUUAUGUCCAAAAGAGACUGACUUCGGUUCUUAACCAUUGCACUGUGGGUGGUUAUGUUGUCCGAGUUCUACUUAGGGCAUCCAGAAUGCGAACAUCAACUUACCAGACAUGGCAUUUUCUAUUUUAUGUUUUAGACGAGUCCCUUUAUGGCCCUUCUGAGCACUGAUGAUGCUGAUGUCUUAUAAUACAGAUGCUAUUUGUGAAA